CAGUCAAUCACAAAGCAGAACGCACUGAGUGAUUCGCCAGUCGCUCAUGAUGCAUUCUACAAGGAACGUCUUCACUUUCUACGAUCCGGCGGCGAAGGUUUGGAGUGGUCUACCAAGAAGACCGAUUUUCAACCCCGACCAGAGUCUGGGUGAUCUGAUUCUGCAAAUUCUGGAACGCAAUGCCGGGAAAGUGAUGCAGAUCAGUGCCGAUAGCGGUGUGGAGCUUACCGGCGGUGAACUUCGUCUCCGAACGAUCCGAAUCGCUCAGAACCUCGCUCGGAUGGGGUUCGGCGAUCAUUCGCAAGAACUCUUCACAAUGAUCGCUCGCAAUGGGGAACACACGGCACCGGUGUUGUUUGCUUGUUUCGCUCUCGGGAUUCCGGUAAAUACGUUGGAUCCUUCUUUCCAACGAGACGAUUUGAGCCACAUGUUCCAGAUGGUUCAACCAAAAGUGAUCUUCUGUGAGACGGAGUCCUUGGACGAAACGAUCGCUGCAUGCGAAAUGUCUGCAAUAUCGCCGCUGAUCAUCCUCAUGGGAAGUACGGCUGAUGGGUUCGAUCAGGUGGAUCGCCUUAUGGUAGCAACCGGUCAAGAAGAAUACUUCGUUCCAACCGCGAUCGCGGACCCCGCCAAACACCUGGCCAUACUUAUAUGCUCCUCCGGCACAACCGGUCGCCCCAAAGCCGUCUGCCUUUCCCAUUCGAUCUGCAUCGCUCACGUAGCCAACUUCUUCGAGUGCCACCCCAGCGAUCGAGCCUUCGCCUUCAGUUCCCUGUAUUGGCUUUCCGGCUUGAUCAUCCUUCUGUGCGGAACGAUCUUGGGAGCCACACGAAUCAUCACCCGUCAGACGUAUCGACCGGAACUGGCCUUGGACAUAAUCAAGAACUUCAAAGUCUCGGCUCUCUGUAUAACGCCUUCCCAAGCGUACGGCAUAAUACACAGUGGUCUAUCAAAACCAUCGCACUUCUCCAGCAUCCGUUACGUGUUCUGCGGUGGAAGUGCCGUUCCCACAUCGCUGAAGCGAUCGUUUGAAAAGUUGAUCCCCGGAAGAUCCAUGGAAGUUGCCUACGGAUUCUCGGAGAUUGCCUACUCGGUAUCGUUGAGUAAACGAGAUCUGUAUCGGGACGGAUCGGUUGGAUUCCCUCGAGCCGGAACCGAGUUUAAAAUCAUCGAUGACGAUGGAAAUCCUCUGGAGAACGGCCAAGAAGGAGAGAUCGUUGUCAGAGCGGAGUUCACGUUUCUAGGUUAUUACGGGAAUGAUCAAGCUCGCGGGGAUAUGCUGGACGGUGACGGUUGGCUCCAUUCGGGCGAUAUUGGACGGUUCGACGAUGAUGGCUAUCUGUACGUAGUGGACCGCAAGAAGGAGAUGUUCAAAUAUAACAAUUUCCCCAUUUCACCGACGGAGAUUGAGAGCGUGAUUCAGCGAAUCGAAGGAGUGGCGGCAGUGUGCGUUGUUGGGAUUCCGGGAGAGCCGAAUGACUUGGCAACUGCGCUGGUGGUUAGGAAAUCCGAUUGUGCAGAGGUGGUUGAUGCAACGGAAACUGUAAGAAAGGUUAAUCAACAGCUGCCAGAUUACAAACACCUUAGAGGAGGUGUGUACUUUGCCAAGGAGCUUCCGUUAACACCGUCGGGAAAAGUGCUACGUCGAAAGGUGCGGGAUUUUAUUUUGAGUAUGAAGAGCAAUAAAUCUGAAUAGUUUAUUGAAAAAAGUACGGGAAUAUACGAAACUAAAAUUGACAAUA